UGCGCAGCAGGGAGAGGGGCGGAGUGGGUAGGGCAAGAGUAGGCACGCUAAGAAAGGGAACGCGGCGCCGAGUCGGUCAGAAGCAGCGGCUGUAGUAGUAGCAGCCGUCGUAGCAGCUGCGCGCAGGCGCACUAGCGGUGGGCUGAUAUUUAAAGGGACCGCAUCCGCGGCUGCUGCUGCUGCCGCCGCCGCCGCCCCCGAGCAGGGAAGGAAACGCCGGUCUCUGUUUUUUCUCGGCGGGGUGGGGGCCAGAGAGAGAAGGGGGGCUUCGCUUCUCCCGUUCGAGAAGAUGGUGUGCGGGGGAUUCGCCUGCUCGCGCAACGCGCUGUGCGCCCUAAACGUUGUUUACGUGCUGGUUGGGCUGCUGCUGAUUGGCGUGGCUGCCUGGGGCAAAGCCUACGGCAUUGUUUACAGUCUCCACAUCAUCGGAGGGGUCAUUGCUGUGGCUUUCUUCCUGCUUCUGAUCGCCAUCGUGGGGCUCAUCGGUGCUAUCAACCAUCACCAAGUCAUGCUGUUCUUUUACAUGAUCAUUUUAGGGAUAGUGUUUCUCUUCCAGUUUGGAGUCUCCUGUUCGUGUCUGGCACUCACAAGAAGUAAACAGGAAAGUCUCCUGAAUGGUGCCUGGGAAAUGAGCAACGACACCAAGAAGUCACUGGAAAAUAGCUUUGACUGCUGCGGGCUAUUCAACAACUCUCUUGAAGCUGGCAAGAAAUUCAAGGCUGAUGUUGAAAUGUGCAAAGCGCCAUGCACAAAAUCAAAAACCGGGUGCAUCAGUUGUGGUGAGGUGAUGAUGGAACAUGCAGGCGAGGCCUUGAAAAUCCUUGGUGGAGUUGGACUCUUCUUCAGUUUCACAGAGAUCCUUGGAGUGUGGCUUGCCAUGCGCUACAGAAACCAGAAAGACCCCAGAGCCAACCCCAGUGCCUUUUUAUAGACAAUUCCUAUUCCCCCAUCUUCUCUCCACCACCUUUCCCAACCGACCAUGUGUUUUCCUUUUAGUUAGUUGCACGUCCCUUAUUCAAGAGAUCCUUUUCCGUCACACGGGAAGAAAAGCAAUCCUUGAAGCAGCUGUGAGGGAGCUGGGGUUUUUGCCAUUAUGCCAAACUGCUGAUUGGAUGAAAUAGCAGAGCAAAGGUUGCAUCCUUGACAUGAAGCCUUUGGCAGGUGGCAAAGACGACUCUGCCUUUUUCUUUUUUAAAAAAAAUGGAGUCAUCCCUUUGCAGAGUCAUUUAUCUAAUUGCUGCUCAUAGCUACAAUCACGUCCGUGUUUUUAAAACUUGUACUUUGGGUCAUUGUCUUUAGUGGGGGGCCUUGGUUUUUAAGGCAUGGGUUGAGCAGAACCUGUGGCCCUCCGAGAUGUUGCUGGACUCCAUUUUCCAUCACACUUGGUUUUGCUGUGGUCUCACUUGGGCCGAGGGCAGUAGACAUGAGAGCCACAUGCAGCGAUUCUGUAAGGGAAGUUUUUAGAUUUCAGCUGAACUACAUGGGUGGGUCUUUUUUUAUUAUUAUUAAGAAGUCGUGGGAUUUUUUAAAAAAUCCAUAAAUUGAAUUUUGCCUGACUUAAUCAUAAGUGCAGGUUCCCUCCUUCCGAAGGGAAAGCAGGGGCCUGUGUAAACCUUUCAAAGAACUGGAUCACCCAUAACGUAACUGAAGUUUGCAUCUAGCGUACAGAUUUUUAAGCUGGCUUGAAAGUGGUUUUUCUGAUGACUUGGUUCUAAAGGAACAGAGAACCAGAAUCUUGUUGGUCUACUGAGUCUCAGAUUCCUGGUCCGUUUGCAGUCCUCCUAUCCCUUUGGUUCCUUGACUGGGGAAGAUAGGCUUGAAGCUGCUCGCAGAAUAGAUAAGCUCUAUUGCUCCUAGAAUAUUAAGCGCUGUUCAGGCUCUUCUCCCCUAAAUUGAUCCAGUAAGGAUGUACAAGGGAAUGCAUAGCUAGCUCCAAGGGCAUGUUUUGAGCCCAGUUCAGAUACUUCCAGUCCUGGUCUACUGUCAUUUAGUUAUAGAUGGGCAGCAAGGAGAAACCGGAACCACAAUUCCACUGAGCACCGAAAUGCUGUAAAUUUGUACUAAGCUCCUAUCUAUGCUGGUGCUUUCAACUGGCGGGGGAGGGGGGGGACGACUGCUAAACUGUGGGUGCUGCUUUCUUCUAUGUAUUUGUCCCUGAAAACUCACCUUGGCUGUUUUAGAGGAGGUUACUUGGACUUCAGUAGGGUGUCACCAAUUUCUUCUCCAAGAACAAUGCAUCUUCGUUAUUGGAGCUCUUAGCUGCCUACAAUGGACUCCUUUUGAUACCCAACAUUACACCUCCUUAUCCCCUGUAACCUUGGAAAACACCCACAUUGGACUCCUUCCAGAGUAGCGGCUGGGCAGCGAUGAUGGCAGAAGGACCGUUCAGCAUCUCUACAGGCUCAACAAGGGUAGAUGUGACCUACUGCCUUAAAGGGGUGGGGGUGGGGAGUUACAACGGUGGAGACAAUGACACCCAGAGCGGGACACCAGGGGACAUUACUGCUGCAGCAAGAAUGUUCCCUUUCCCCACAAACCAAGCCUCUUACGGCAGCAAGGACUCUCCCGUAAGGGGGAAGAUGGGUGUGCCGUCAGGUGAGAAGCAAAGGUCUGUUCCCUUAACCAUCAGCACAGGUGGGCACACACCCACUUUCCCUGGCACUUGGCAGAGUGGAGAGAUGGAGACGUUGGCAAGCUAGGUUAAGAGGGAGGUGGGUUGUGCAGGAAAACAUGCACUGAUAGCAUUAAGCCUGGGCCAGCUCAAGGCCACAGAACCUGUUGCUCACCAACUGCUUUUGGGCUCCAGCUCCAUUCUGCCCCUGCCAGCAGUGUCAGGGGUGAUAGGAGUUCUAGUUCAGCAUCAUCUAGAGGGACAGACAUCAUUCCUCAGCCCUGGCUCAAUGUGAAUGAGCAAACAAGGAAAUUCAGAGUGAAGACUGUGGCUGCAGCGCGCCUCCCUCCUGUGGUGCUAGCUGACGCUAAACCAUGGUUUGACACGGUGCCACCACCAAACCCAUUCUCUCCCCGCCCCCCAAACAAAAGUUAAACAAAGAACAAAUAUUGGUUUAAAAAGCUUGUGGCUCGCGUACAAUGAAUGCUGAGCCAAACCAUGGCAUAGCCCUGGAGAGCAUCUUUUCUCCAGGACCCCACUCAUUCACACGAUCAUUACACACACAAACCAGAUUUUAUACUACACCGCUGCGACUGCUCUAAUGGGCACCAUGCUAUUUAUUAAUUUGCGGGGGGGAGGGGGGGAGAGACACCUUUUUGCAAACAUGCACCAAAGUAUGAGGCAGGUUGGGUAAGGUGGCAGCUUCUGCAGAAACAGUUAAGCCAAGGAGUGUUCUGAUCAGGUGCAAAAGUGCAGCAGGCAAUAUGACCUCGUACAACUAGUUACUGGCUUGAGCUUAGCCUUAAAACAGUAUUUAAAAGAUAGAGGUGGUACUGCUCUGUACUACCGUAGAGUAAGCCAGAAAGAGGACUUACUCUAUUAAGCAAAGCUGUUGGCACCACUCUUGAGCUCAACUGCUGGGGUGGGAGACACAAGGCAAAACUGAACAGCAGAAGCGGCAGGGGCUGAUCAGAACAGGCUAAAAUGCACUUUAUUUAGGGUAUAGAGCACAUAAAUGUUGCUAUGACUCCUAGCCAGUUUAUAGUAUUGCAAGCAGGUCUAUCCUAUUGACUUUAGAGGAAAUGCUAAACAAUAUGCCUGCUCAACCACACCAAG